AUGGCGCAAGUGGGUGUCGUAAAUCGCGUCGCCCUCGUCUUCGGACUAGCUGCGGCGGAGAUUGGGGUGCGUGACCAGCGUCAUUUCAGCACAAAAGCGGUGCCUGGGUUUGGUGAGACUCACGAUGCCUCGGCCAUCAACCUUCCGAGGAUUGUCGUGAGUUCAUGGGUACAGGCGGGGGUGCUCGUUUCAGUCAACAGGCGUUGCAGCCGCGAGAAAGUGGUGCAGCGCGUGACAAAAGGCGGCUUGCUCUCUGGCUGCUGCAAAGUCGAGGCCCGGGUGAUUGUGGAGAGGAGAGGGCCAGGGUCGUUUCACAGCUUUGCCUGCAGAAGAACCUACUACGGUCAACCAAUCAGCGAUGAGAACAAGGCUCUCUUGGAUGCGAAGGUCAAGGCAGCGGAAACACGGAUCAAGAAGGUGAUCAACUACACCAACCAGAACGAGAGCUUCACCGGCAAGCUGCUGCUGGCGAUGAGCACUGCCACGCUGAUGGUCAUCUUCGGGCUUCCGCUUUUCUCCUCCAACUUGAAGCACAUGGUAUUCGGCCAUGGCAUUUGCGACGCCAGUGCAACGGGCUUCUACUUGAACUCUGGCACGGAGGAGAAGCCGGACCUUAAGCCGGUGGUCUCCUGGGCAGACAUCACUGUCACUGACUGGACAACGCCGGGCAAGCUCAUCGACUGUGGGUUCAUUCCGCGCUCCUACCAGGGCUUCUGGCCCAACGUGGUGCAGUUCUGCUUCUUCAGCGUGUUUCAAAACACCGGGACCACCGUGCAACUCACGCUCCAAGGCCUCAGUGGGACGUUCUUGGCGACGAUUAAUGUCUUCCUCCUCUACGAGCUUUAUCCACAUGGUGGCGCCAUGACGGAGUGUGCGGGUGACCGCCUUGCCAGCGGCGCAUGUGAGAAGGGGGACAUGAUGUAUCUGGAUCCGAACUUCAUUCCGGCUGUGGCAUGGGCGGAUGGAAUCGGCUUCGCAUUGCUGUGGCUGAUCAGUACGGCGCCCAAGAACAUGGUGAUGUUCUGCCUUUCCUAUCACUGGCUGUUCAUGUGCACCUUCAUGGAUCCGAAAGCAAACCUGGCCGUUGAAUCUGUCACCGGGAGUCUGCCAAUGGGCUUCCUGGACCUCUACUGGGACUCCCAGACGACCAUCAUCAACCUCACGUCGAUCUUGGGAGGAAUUCUAGCCAUCCUGGCUACUCUCAUUCCCAAGCCGUUGUUGAACACCCGGAAGCUCACGGAGAACUGCACCAUUGCAGCGGAGGGCCUUGAGGAAGCCUGGACAGAAGCACUCGACUACUUCUUCGCCACCAGUGCGACAUCCAAGAAGUUCCAGGUGGCUUCGCGCAUGGAAGCCAUCAAGAGUGCUUUCGACCGGGUGGAGGAGAGCUUGGGCGGCGCAUGGUUCGAGCACUUCGACAUCGGCACCAAAGGAAUUGCCCGCGAGCUGUUCCGACUCUUCAAGGGCGUCGGUCGCAAGGUGCAGAACGUUGUGAAGAUCUCCAAGGCCGCCCUGCUCCGCGAAGAGUUUGGAGGAAACCACGACAAGUUCGCGGACGGGAUCCAGAAGGAGACCCGGGAGUUGAACACGGUGGUUGCAGAUCUCUUCCAGUUUUGCUGCCAGUGCUGCAAAGACGGCCACAUCGACACAGAGGAGAAGGACAAGAUCAACGAGCUCCUGAAUGAGGUCCGGGGAAAGCAGCGGAGCCUGGCGGCUGCGUAUGCUGCGACCAUGAAGGAGCAACAUUACGUCUCGGAGGAUCUUGCCAACGAGAACGCCUUCAUCUACGGAUUCAGCGCCUACGCCCGCGCCGUCGCGGACUUCGCAGAAGAGCUGCCACACACCGCCGCAGAGAAGCACGCCAACCAGUGCUCUUUCUUUUGCAAGUCUUUGGCGAGCACUUUCACAGACAUGUUUUCCCUGGACCUUCUGAUGGAUAAGGAGCACUUGAAGUUUGCCAUUGUGAACUUCCUGCCGGUCUUCGUGACGUUUCUGAUCGCCGUUUUCACCCCAGGGGAUGGGCUCUUCGUGCCCUACUCCGCCCUGAUGCCCGGGUCCCUGGCGCUGAUCAUCACCUCCACCUACGGCUCGACAUUCAAAGGAAACAUCGAGCGCCUGGUGGGAAUUGUCUUGGGCAACAUCAUCCCCGUCCUGGUGCUUGCCAUCGUCUUCUCCUUUCCAUGCGAAUCGUGGAUGCGGACUGUGACUCAGAUGGUCUUGGUGUGGCUCUACUUCUUCCUGUUCUCUUACGUCUACUACGCCUCCGCGACGUGGAGCUUCGUUGGCUGUGCCCUCUGCGGCUUCGGCGCGUACCCGUUGAUGCAGGCCUGCACCGGUGGCUCGUUCUCCUACGGCAUGCACGACCACUACCAGACCAUUGCACAAGUGACGGUGGCGGUCCUUAUCCGGAUGCUCAUCGAGACCGCUCUGCUGGACAAAGCGCCAAGGGACCUUGCAGUGAAGCAGCUGGAGGAUCUGUUGGACACCAUCCAUGAUGCAUACAAGCUCUUCUUCGCGGGCAAGUACGAUCAGAUGGCAGAGAAGCACACGAAGGCCACAGACAUGCUUUCGCACGCCAAAGCGCUUCAUGCCGAAAGCUCUCCAGCUCUCGAGGUUGUUCCAGGGCCCCGACUGCCUUUCAAGCACGCGCUGUACGGGCAAGUCCUUGACCAGCUGGACAUGGGCAUCUCGCAGCUGGGCGUUUUGGUCGUCAGCGCCAAGGAUUGGGCGCCCGAGAAGGUGGCAGAGGAGAAGUCCUCAGCUCGUGAGGCGGCUGAGAGCCACCAGCAGACCCAGUUCACUGAGCUCGAUGAAGGUGAGAUGAUGGAUCAGGGCAUGACCGGCACGGGUGGCGCGCGGGCGUCCGUAAAGAAGGUCGUCCACGAGUCGACGUCGAAUGCACCUAAGAUCCACCAGAUCAUGGAGGCCCAGACAAGCUUCCAGCUGCUCGAAGACGACAUGCUGGACACCUUCGAACGCGUGUUCAAUGUUGUGAAAGCCAUUGUCAAGCACGACCAGGAGCAGCGCGUGGAGAGCGCCGACGAGGACAUCGAAAAGCUGGCCACCCUUGGGGGGCUGCGCACGCUUGAUGAUGUCAACACGUUCUACAACCACAUCAACAAGUUCAUGGAGGAGAAAGAACGCCCUGCUGUCAAUGACGUCGUCGAGAGUAUGCAGGCGCGCCUCACCGUCCUCGUCAGUGCCCUGAACACAGCCACUGGCGCCUUGGGCGAGGUCGGGGUUCUUUGCUUGAAAGAUGCGAUCUACUGA